AAUGCAUCCUAAUAAAGAGAUGAAAUCUUGAAUUCUACAAAGGUAAGAAUUUGAAUGUCCUAAUUUAAAGGACUAAACAUAGGUAAGAGGUAAAUAAAGGACAUAGGCUCCCCCAGUGACACAUUAAAUAAAAUUUUUGUAAGGUAUUGGAAUCUAAUAAUAUUGAUCUCAGUAAUUGUGGAAGUCUUGCUAUUUCAGAAUUAAAGCUGAAUUAACAGUCAUAGACAAUGUUACACAGUUAAACAUUAAGGAUAUGGCAACAUUAUUAGAAAUAAAAUUACAACUAAACUUAGGAGAAAUAAAAAUGGAAUUUGGUGCAGUCACUGGUUAGGACUCUGAGCGUCGCUGUUGACCAAAGUGGGAAAGGAGCUGCAGCAGAGGCGACCCGACUCUGCUCCCUCCAUACUAAACACACAAACCAGACAAGCUCCUACGAAAAGCCAACGCUCCACGCCCAUUUUCGUCGGGGAAUAUGUACCCAUCGGCUUUAGAUAAAUAAGGAAACAGCAGGCUGAACCAGAACUAAGAGAAAAUUGGGCAGAGAGAAGGCAAUGGCGAGUCCACCGAGGCGCUGGGCCUGCGGAGAGCUGCUGCUGCCCUUCAUGCUCCUGGGGACGCUGUGCCAACCGGGAUCCGGGCAGAUCAGCUACUCGAUGCCGGAGGAGCUGGACAAAGGCUCCUUCGUCGGCAACAUCGCCAAGGACCUUGGGCUGGAGCCCCGGGAGCUGGCGGAGCACGGAGUCCGCAUCGUCUCCAGAGGUAGGACGCAGCUUUUCGCUCUGAACCCGCGAAGCGGCAGCUUGGUCACCGCGGGCAGGAUAGACCGGGAGGAGCUCUGCGCUCAGAGCCCGCUGUGUGUGGUGAACUUUAACAUCUUAGUUGAGAACAAAAUGAAAAUUUAUGUAGUAGAAGUAGAAAUAAUCGAUAUUAAUGAUAACUUCCCGCGUUUCCGGGAUGAGGAGUUAAAAGUAAAAGUUAAUGAAAAUGCGGCUGCAGGGACACGUUUAGUGCUUCCCUUCGCGCGGGAUGCAGAUGUGGGUGUGAACUCCCUCCGGAGUUACCAGCUCAGCUCCAAUCUGCACUUCUCUCUGGAUGUGGUAAGCGGAACUGAUGGACAAAAGUAUCCGGAGCUGGUGUUGGAACAGCCCCUAGACCGCGAGAAAGAGACUGUUCAUGACCUCCUCCUCACAGCUUUAGAUGGCGGAGACCCGGUACUCUCCGGCACCACGCACAUCCGUGUUACAGUACUCGACGCAAACGACAAUGCACCCCUGUUCACGCCAUCCGAGUACAGCGUGAGUGUUCCGGAGAACAUACCUGUGGGCACUCGGCUGCUCACGCUAACCGCCACGGAUCCAGAUGAGGGAAUGAACGGGAAAUUGACCUACUCUUUUCGCAAUGAAGAAGACAAAAUUUCGGAGACUUUCCAUCUUGAUUCCAACCUGGGGGAAAUCUCAACUCUACAACCGCUGGACUAUGAAGAAUCCAGAUUCUACCUCAUGGAAGUGGUAGCUCAGGAUGGAGGCGCUCUUCUUGCCAGCGCUAAGGUGGUGGUCACAGUACAGGACGUGAAUGACAAUGCCCCCGAAGUGAUCCUCACCUCUCUGACCAGUUCCCUCUCUGAAGACUGUCUUCCAGGAACUGUAAUUGCGCUGUUUAGUGUACAUGAUGGUGAUUCUGGAGAAAAUGGUGAGAUUGCAUGCUCUAUUCCUAGGAACUUGCCUUUUAAACUGGAGAAGUCAGUUGAUAAUUACUAUCACCUAUUAACAACUAGAAACCUGGACAGAGAAGAGACUUCAGAUUAUAAUAUCACUUUAACCGUCAUUGACCAUGGAACCCCGCCCCUCUCUGCAGAAAACCACAUCCCCUUGAAAGUAGCAGACGUCAAUGACAACCCACCCAAUUUCCCUCAAGCCUCCUAUUCCACCUCUCUCCCAGAAAACAACCCCAGAGGUGUCUCUAUCUUCUCUGUGACAGCCCAUGACCCCGACAGUGGCGACAAUGCUCGAGUCACCUACUCCCUGGCUGAAGACACAUUUCAGGGGGCGCCCUUGUCCUCCUAUGUCUCCAUUAACUCUGACACCGGUGUCCUGUAUGCGCUGAGAUCCUUCGAUUAUGAGCAGUUGAGAGACCUACAGUUGUGGGUGACAGCCAGCGACAAUGGGAACCCUCCACUUAGCAGCAACGUGUCACUGAGCCUGUUUGUGCUGGACCAGAACGACAAUGCGCCCGAGAUCCUGUACCCCACCCUCCCCACAGACGGUUCCACGGGCGUGGAGCUGGCGCCCCGCUCCGCAGAACCUGGCUACCUGGUGACCAAGGUGGUAGCAGUGGACAAAGAUUCAGGCCAGAAUGCCUGGCUAUCCUACCGCCUGCUUAAGGCCAGCGAGCCAGGACUCUUUGCGGUUGGGCUGCACACGGGCGAAGUGCGGACAGCGCGGACCCUGCUGGACAGAGAUGCACUCAAGCAGAGCCUCAUAGUGGCCGUGGAAGACCAUGGCCAGCCCCCUCUGUCAGCCACCGUCACAGUCACAGUGGCCGUGGCAGACAGGAUCCCUGACAUCCUUGCUGACCUUGGCAGUAUGAAGACCCCCAUUGACCCUGAGGAUUUGGAUCUCACAUUCUAUCUUGUGGUGGCAGUGGCUGCAGUCUCCUGCGUCUUCUUGGCCUUUGUCAUUGUGCUGCUGGUGCUCAGACUGAGGCGCUGGCACAAGUCACGCCUGCUUCAGGCUGAAGGCAGCAGGUUGGCGAGUGUGCCCGCCUCACACUUUGUGGGCAUGGAUGGGGUUCGGGCUUUCCUGCAGACCUAUUCCAACGAGGUCUCCCUCACCGCGGACUCGAGGAAGAGUCACCUGAUCUUUCCCCAGCCCAACUAUGCAGACACGCUCCUUAGUGAAGAGAGCUGUGAAAAAAGCGAGCCUCUUCUGAUGUCUGAUAAGGUAGAUGCAAACAAAGAAGAACGGCGAGUUCAGGUUAGUUUUCUCUUUCGGUAAGGAUGACCAGAACAUUUUUGUUUGUUUCUUUUUUCAUUUAUCUGUCAUAUUCAAAAUCAGCUAGUUAUGCAAAUAGUGGAAUAUUAUUUGCUCUAUUGGAGAUUAAUUUUUUUCAAUUCAUUCUUUCUCCAUUUGUUUUCAAAUUCUGUUUUGGGAAGUCUAGCUGAUAUCUGUAGACUUAAGUGAAGCAAAUACUUUAAAGGAAAGUGGUUAAAUAUAAUCAUUUUACCCAAAUAUUUUGCUAUAUUGGAACUGCAGUUCUAUUAAUAGCAGAGAUGUUUUAUUAAUUCAAAUUGUUAUAUGUAUUGUUCUCUUUUGAGUGUCUGCGUAGACACCGUUAGUGUACGUGUUUUGGAAAGGAUAAUGUGUAGGAUUGAUAUUUUAGUCUACCUGAAAUUUGUUUAAGGAAAUAAUUUACAGUAUUUACAUAAAUCAGUGGAAAGGUACAGAGAACUUCUGCAUCAUAAAUAUCAGAAAAGUAGAUUAAAUUUAUAGUGAUGAUAACAUGUAGCAUUCUAAAGUCUGGAAAGUUUGUGUUAAGCCAUGUAAUUAUUGGAUAUGUGGGCUUGUUGAGAGAAGAAAUCAGUGUAAAGGAACCUUAAAGUUGGGCUUUGUUCUGUGAUGUAAAGCCUCCAAAGAGUUACAUACUGCUGCAUUCAAUAGAUGUAAAUAUGUCACACACCUGGCAUCUUCUGUUGUAGACAAACCCUUUACUUAUUAAAAUCAGCACCUACUGAAAUGUUAGCUUUUCUUUAAGUGUAGGUGCAAUUCUUCUUUAUUACUUGAGUCUAAGGUUGUAUUUGAAAAAAGAAUUCAAUUUAAGGAUGGUUCAAAAUUUUAAAGUUCAUAUCUAAGGGAUGUGUUCAUCUUAAAUUAAUAGACGUGCCUUAAUGAAAUACUGGUCUAAGUUCCUCAAAUUCCAGGAGGAUGUGUUAUGUAAUGAAAGGACUACUAGAUUUCCAUUCUGCAUCUGAUUUGCUGAAGAUGAUUUUCAGAUGCUUCUUAUUAAAAUAUUCUUAAUCCUUCAAAUUUUGUACUUUUAACACCUUGAGCAUCAGCUUCAAAUAAUGACUAAAUAAGGGGAAAAGGUAAUAAAAUAUUACAAAUGGGAUAGUAAGCUACAUUACUCAACCACAUGAAAGGUUAGUUGACACAUUAAAGAACCUAAGAUCACUUGAUUUUUAUUUUUUAAACAUUAUUAAAGAGCAGUCAAUUAUACACACACACACACACACACACAUAUACACAUACACACACACAAACACACAUACAUACACACACGGACAUUCUGAGCAAAAUGUAAAAUGUACAAACUCACUGAAUAGUGAAUGCAUUCAAAGAGUAACAAGAGAAUCUAUAGAAUAGGUGUGACAUCAUUCACUCCUAUCUGAAAACUUGCUUUUCCAUUUUUUUUUUAAAGAAAAUGUUAUAUGCUUCUCAGAGUAGGGUGUUUGGAAAAAAAGUAAAGGUUAUAGAUUUGGGUACACUUCCUCCGAGUUAACUUUUUUGUGCAAUGGAAAAAUAUCUUUAAACCCUCUAUAAACUACUAACAGACUUUAUAAAAUGCUUGAUUCAUACAUUCUGAAUGUACGUACUAUAUAUACCAUAUACUUUUAAAUAUCUGAGUAUUUAGUUUUAUAUGUGUUCUGAAGAAUAAUUUUUCAUAUUAAUUGAAGUGUUCAUAUAAUGAACACUUGGCAUUGUGUGGGAAGGCCCUUGCUUUGGAAUGUUUUGGAGCAAAGUCUUGAGUCAGUUAUGUUUUUGAUGUUUGUAUAAAGGUGACAAUGAGUGGCUGUCCAGAAUUCUGGAUAUCAUGACUAGUUUAAGAUGCUAUCAUGCUUUUCCACUAUAAGGUAAAUUCAGUGUGGAACUCAUUGCUUAUUGCUGCACACCUGCCUGGUUUUAGAAUAACAAUACAUUAUGUAGGCUAAAGAUAAUUUCUUUAAGAAGAUUUUCUGGUUUGGAAAUGUAAUUAAAACUAUAAGACACCUGUCAGAAACAUGGAAAA